UUAUGUCAAAGUAUUUUGCUUGUUUGACAUACGCCUCAGUUCUGUAGGUGUCCGGGCCGGGACUCGUGAGAGGACAGAGCUAGACGGUGAAGCUGUCGAAGACGAAGGGUAGAACUGUUCGCAAUCGUUGAUAUUAGCAGAUGGACAGAUGGAUUUGUCACAGUGGCGUUUGUCGUGUCUUCAUAGGAGAUGAUUGAGCUUCGAUCAUUGACCCCUCGAGAAGAAGAUGUGGACAUCGACAGUGAACUAAGCGAUGAAUCAGCGGAGCUAGAUAUGGGUGCUGGCAAUAAAUCAGACUACGUCCCCUUGGAGGAGAGUGAAGAUGAAGCUGACGGACGGGCGGUAUCGUGCACUAUUCGCUGCAAUGAAUGCAAGAGUAAAAACUCGUUUCGAGUGCACGUGGCAUUCUGGUUGCUUGGCCUCUGCAACAAUUUCGGAUAUGUUAUCAUGCUGAGUGGAGCUCACGAUAUCCUGCUGGACGAAACGGGAGAUCAUUCCGGCGAGGGCUCCAAUUCAACGACUACAUUGCCUCCUACAAGUAGUACUGGCUAUCCUAUUACGACUAGCAAUAGCACGAAUACUACGGCGGCAGAGUGUAACAGGUUGGAUUGCAACAAAGAGAGUACCGCCACCAUUCUUCUGGCUGAUGUCUUACCCUCGUUGCUUAUCAAGAUCACCGCGCCGUACUUCAUGCACCUCAUUCCGUUCCACCUGCGGAUAUUUCUGUGCGUGGCCUGUGGAAUAUCUAGUUACGUGUUGGUGGCGUUUGCGCACGUGAUUGCCCUCAGCUACUUGGGCGUCGUGUUUGCUAGUAUCGGCUCGGGGCUGGGCGAAAUCACCUUCCUCAGCCUGACGUCGCACUACCCAUCCACCACUGUGUCCUACUGGUCAUCGGGCACGGGCGCGGCCGGUGCGGUUGGUGCGUGGGCGUAUGCUCUGCUGCGCCAGGGCCUGUCGUCGCGCGACACCUUGUUGGUCUGUAACGUUAUCCCGGUACUGAUGGCCAUCACUUAUUGGGGCAUCCUCCCGAAGCCAACUAGUGUUGUGAAGUAUGACGUGUCCGAUGCACUGCUUGACGAAAACAGCGAUCCGAAUGGGGCUUCAGAUAAUGAAGCCAACGAAGGUGACGCGAUCUUCUCUGAUCCCUCGCAACCACAGACCAGCGGACGUCGAAAAAAGCUAAAGCCGCCCGGAGCUAGCGCCAAGAUGACGCUGAGAGAAAAGUUGAUGUUGCUGCCACCGCUGCUCAAGUACAUGAUUCCACUGUUUUUUGUAUACUAUGCUGAGUAUCUCAUCAAUCAGGGCCUGUAUGAGCUGAUGAUUUGGCGAUCGUGUAUCUUCAUUGAUCCCGGUGAGCAGUACCGCUGGUUCCAAGCGACCUAUCAGUUUGGUGUCUUCAUCUCCAGGUCGUCUGUUCAGAUCCUUCCGAUCAAACAUAUCUGGCUGCUUGCUGUGCUUCAGGUGGUUAAUGUGGGCAUCUUGUUUGGCGAGUCGUAUUGGCAUAUCUUUCCGACCAUCGCCAUAUCCUUUGUAAUCAUCUUCUAUGAGGGUCUGCUUGGAGGUGGCUGUUACGUGAAUGCCUUCUCCAGGAUACGCAAGGAAGUGGACCCGAAGCACUGUGAGUUCUCUCUCGGCCUGGCAAGUGUGGCCGAUAGCUUCGGAAUUGCGCUGGCUGGUGCGUCGGCCAUACCCGUCCACAAGUAUGUUUGCACUGCACUGCAGGCUACAUGAAGGAAUCCUAGGUUUUAGUUUUCUCUUUGAUAUUAAACUUUAGGGGGUGAGAGUGAAGAGCCGUUCGAAUUUUACUUGGGCUCUGACUCAGUUCUAUGGAGAUAAUGAGACAUAUGUACCGCCGUAUGUUUAGGGAGUCUUGCGUUCAGACACUUCUUUUAAAGUGCUCUUGGAUGUCUUACGGAGAUGUGUAUUGUCAAGACGAUAGUAUUCACCGCGCUCCGCGUUUGAUAUCAACGUCAGCCUCUGGUCUUCUCACGUAGGGUAUAUUUAUUGUGCCAAGACAGUUCUCUUUUGGUCUCUGUGCCGUGAGACGUUUCAUUUCGCCUUGACAUCCUUUCUUCGGCAACAUGAGUAUUCUGACGAUAUGCAGCUGUGCUGCUUUUUCGCAUCUGUUAUUGACACUUAUUAUGCAUGUCAAUCAGAUGGACGUGCCGUUUUGCACCAUUUCAAUUUUUAUUUGCAGCAAGGUCUUUGGCAAUAUUCUUUAUAUCAUUGGAUUUCUCCUGGCCUCACAAUUCCGCUUUAGUAUACAGUUUUAACCUUUAUUCGCUAGAAGCUCGGCUUCAUGGUUCUACUGGCAUUUAGUGCAUUCGAGCUAUUAAUUUGUCUAUUUUUAGGAUUUUAUAUGUGCCUGUAUGGUGCAGAUUGUGUACCUGCCAUGCUGCUCUACGAGAAUUCCUAUUGAAGUUUGGAAACGUUUACCCAUUCAGUA